CACAGACGAACAAGAGGCUCUUACUAGCUGCGGUCUAAGACACCAACUAAUAUCUAGCAGCCGACAGUGAUGUGCCGUCAUUAAGCCCGAUCAGAUGAUCUUUACAAAGCCUGACUGACAUCUGUUGUUGAAAUAGAUUUGGUCCCAUAUAGCCAUGGCUGCAACAAUGCUCAAGACCCUCUUUCUGUUUUUGAUGCUUCUCUCCACUGUCAAGAGUAACUGGGAUGGUGAUAACAGUGACCCAACACUGGCAAAUUUGGGAUUUUAUGUCUAUAACAUGACAUGCAACGACGAUGCAACUUUUUGUGAGCACUGUGCGCAUCUUCGCGUUUUUGGGAGACCAUAUAUACUCACGAUCGAAUACACGACGGAUCCCUACAAGCUCAAAUAUUACUUUGAAGACGGAAAGCGAGACUGGAACUACUAUAUCGCUCAAGAGGACCCGCAUCAAGUGUACCGAUGGUGCCAGUGUGCAGACGGCAAGCACGACCCCGAUCCGAUUAGGAGAGUGGUUUUGUGUGUCGAGAACACCUUCAGUGACAUCUCACUGCCUGGCAAUUGCCCCAAACCUGUGGCUUUGGUCAGCUAUGACUAUCAUCCACUCGACGAACAAGUGACAGGUCAGCAAGCACUGUAUUGCCUGCCUUAGUUUGGUCGUAUUGGUCAAACAAAUUACCGCUUUUACGUGGCUUCGUAAGGAGUUUUUAAUGGCAGCAUGUAACGUAUUCAAAGUGCUUAAGAAGGGGAAAAUAAGUCCAGAUUAUUGACUGAAACAACUUCAGUUGAGUCUUCUCAACUCCAAUUUCGUCAUGGCGAACCACCAUUUUCAUUUCAAAUUAAAUCUUUCCCAUUUAUCAGCAAUAAAGAUUUAUGGUCUCUGCAUGUGAGACACUUAUCCAAACACUGAAAUAAAGCAAAUUUUCAUCUGCCACGUAUGCGUACAUCUUUGGCUAAAAACAAUCAGAUCAAUCAGGGGCUAAGAAUAUGGAACUCUGUGAAUGAGAAUCUGAAAGCCUCGAAAAUUUGUGAAUCUUAAAAUGAAAUUUUAAAAAGAUCAUAUUGAAUGAUUACUGUUAAUAAUUACUGACUGUGGAAUUGAUUAUCUUUGUCUAUAAUCUUCCUUGGUUCUUAUUCUCUUUCAUUUUUCCUGUCCUAAUUUUUUAUGUAAAACUUAGGUCAUUAACUGACAUACAGAGCAAGUGUCAUGUCUGUCUAGUGUUUGUCCUUUGUGUGCUGUCAUUAAUCAAUAGUAACUAUAAAUUGCUUCGAGGGCCCACAAUCAUGAGUUUUGCUUUUUAGUGGGUACCUCCACGCCUUUGUGCCGUAUUUAUAUAGUGUUUGAAAAGUUAAAUUGUAAGUAUGCAAAGCUGUGGAAAUAAAUGAUCAAUGAGCAAUAAAACCAGUCUUGUGGCAAGACUAGCCUUAAACGCGGGUUUAAGACCGGUCAAGCACAUAAUUUAUUUAUUUCCUUAUUAAAGCAAGGAAUUAUUUGCACACUUAAUUCAAGUACCGUUAUGUGCUGAGGAACACACAACUCGGCUCUAAAUCAUUCAUGCCUUAUAUGGUAAACUACUGCACGAACAAAUUGCUUCUGAUUUCAUAAUGAAAUAACUUCUACUUUCUUAAAAUAUGUAAAGGCAUUUUUUUAGAUUUCAAUAUUCAAAUAUGGCUUAAACAAUAUUUAGUGAACCCUGCUACAUUAAAGUGACGUGUAUUGAUCUCGUUAACGCACUAUUAUAUAGUGUCCAUUGAUAAUGAAGAUUACACGCAGUGUCACAGACAUGAAGUUGAUGGCGGUCGUGGUAAGGGUGUAAGAAGUUGUAAAGCCGGUAUUUGGGGUUCAAUUAAAAGUCAGCCAAUAAAAUUACAUCACCUAUAAAAAAAGAAAAAUUCACUCUGAAUACGUUUCUCCUGAUGUCAUAACGUGCAAAUUGAGUUGUCCAACCACCAAACGCACGAAACCUUACACAGAAAAAAUGCCAAAUUAUCUACAAAAGGCCUAAAAUUUAUCAAGUUUUCUCAUAAAUCCGUACCUUUUGUGUUUGCGUCCUCCAACGCCGCUGUGGUUGGGAUCUAAUUUUGCAUUAAUUUGGGGAACAACUACUGUGAAUGUAAUUGGAAAUUAUCCACUGAUAUUGUCCAUGUGCACUGACACAUAAUCCGCCAUUUUGAUUCCACCAAUUGAGACCCUG